AUGCCGGGCGCAUAUUUUUCAUUAAUAAAAUUGUUUUGUUUUUUCAAUAAUUCUCUGUUUUUUUUUCUUUCUUUUUCUUUCUUUUUUUUCCUCCUUUUUCUUUCUUUUUUCUGCCACUGCUAUCUAUCUAUCUGUCUAUCUAUCUAUCUGAAUCUGUUCAUAUCUAUCUCUCUAUCUGAAUCUGUUAAUAUCUAUCUAUAUAUCUAUCUACUACAGUCUGUUCACUAUCUCUCUAUUUGUUCAUAUCUAUCUCAAUUUGCUUAUAUCUAUGUAUCUAUCUACAUUCAAAUUGUUCAUCUAUCUAUCUAUCUAUCUAUCUAUCUAUCUAUCUAUCUAUGGGCAGAAAGCCCUAGAUGCCGGAACAUAGACACUCGGAACCAUUACGAUUCUUUCUUCGACCGAAACUACAACGACGGGCGCGCGCGUGACGUAUUCGAACGCAUCACCUCCGUCCCUGAUCGCAAUGAAUACGAACAAGUCCGAAUAGAAUCGCGAGAGAUGGACUUUCGACGCGAGUAUCUGUCAUGGACUGAAGUGAGCGCUUCGAAGGAACGCGACAAAAAAACUCGAUUCGUUCAGGAAAUUCAUUACAACAUCACUUUAGUUCGAUUAAGCCGAUUAAGUUCUAUUGUCAUUAAUUUUUAA